UCGGCUAAUCUCGUUGAUCACCGGCUGCAGCUGAGCUUCAUGUCGAACGCACCUUUUGAUACAUGCUUCGAAGCCUCGGCGCACAACGUCACAUCACUAGUGGAAGCGUCGUUAAAAUGAUACACGUCUUUAAUUUGCUAUCAUGGCUCUUGAUUCUACGCGUCCUUGAGUAUGGUGUGUUGGGAGACACACAAGUGAGGAUGGCGGCAGCAAAAAAGGUGUACAUAAGGAGCUUUUUUUCAACGAAAAUGUGUGACUGGUACAGAUGUUCCGGUGUCAGUGAUGGAAGAAGAUUCAGUCAUUCUACACACUGGUGUUGAAAAUCUUACAGAAAUUAAAUGGUAUUUUAAUAAGACUCGCAUCGCUCAACUCAAUGGAAAUGUCAGUUUUAUCUGUACCGAUAAUCAGUGUAUUAAUGGCACUGAGAGAUUCAGAGGCAGACUGAAGCUGGACCUUAAGACUGGAUCUCUGACCAUCAUGAAAAUCAAUAAAACACACUCUGGAGAAUAUCAACUAGUAGUUGAUGGCAUUGGCAAUAGCAAUGGGGGAAAGAUCCUUAUUAUUACUGUCCAAGAUAAUCCCGCUGUUUAUAAUCAAGUAAAGAAAAACCCGGGAGAGUCUGUCACUUUCAAUCCUGGCGUGAGAAGAGACAUAAUUGUUGUGAUGAAGUGUUUUUUAAAUAAUAUUCUCAUUGCUGAGAUCACCGGAGGUCAGAGUCAGAUCUGCAGUAAUGUUCAGUGUAAAGAGAGAUUCACAGACCGACUGAAACUGGACAGUGAAACUGCAUCUCUGACCAUCACGAACAUCAGAAACACAGAUUCUGGAAAUUAUACACUAGAGAUUUUCAUCAGAAACGACACACACUUCAGCAUCACCAGAGAGAAGACGUUCAGCCUCACUGUCGUUUCUCCUCCACCUUCACGUCUGUCUGGAGGUGCAAUAGCAGGAAUAGUUAUUCUGCUGGUUGUCGUCGCUGCUGUUGUUGGUGGUGUGAUUUACUAUCUUCGUCACAGAAGUGAUAGAGCGGCACAGCCGCAGGAAGGUGUUGCUGAUGAUCCUAGUAGCCACCCUUUGAGGGACAUGGGAGAUUCUUAAAUCAGACUCUGGCUGCUAAUAAAACAAUGCAGCAACACUUUGAUACUGAAAGAAAAACUGGUGUGAAUGCGCUAUUGGAGAAUCACGAAGAAACUUGGUGCUAAAUCAACUGAUUAGCUUCAGUUUGGAGGAGGUGUUGAAGAGGAUCAGUGGAGGAUCAGCUCUCUGCUGGAGUGAGAAGGUGAAUGAGCAGAGCUUCAGCUCUCUGUGAUCAACAUCUUGUUGACGGGACAAUUCCUCAACACAUACACCUGUGGCCAGCUUUAAUGCACUCCACACAGCAUGCCUGUGACCUGCAUCAGAAUGGUUACUAAUGCCCAGAACCCAUGAUUGUAUAAGCAAGUAUAAACUAUUUUAAAAUUAACAUUAGCUGAUUACAUCUAGAGAUGCACAUUAGACCUGCAAUAAUACCCCUUAAAACAUUUACAAAUAAAUUACCUUUUUCAUUCACC